AUGUCUCCAUCCUCAUCGGACAACGAGGGCGACAAACACAACGCCCUUCUCCGCGUGCAACGUCGUCGUCAAAGCUCCCGACGUCUCUCUCAGAUUGCGUUCGAUGGAGGACCAAUGUUUCGGCCCUUGGACGUCUUGAUUUGUGAAGAUCACCCCGUCUCUCGCAUGGUCAUGGAAAAGCUUCUGGAGAAAUUACGCUGCCGGACCAUUUCUGUGGCGAACGGUUCUGAGGCCGUGAGAUACGCCAUGAGCGAAAUCAAGUUUGACAUCAUCUUUCUGGAGUACAGGUUGCCUCAGAUCAACGGUGCGGAUGUGGCUCGUAUGAUUCGGGAGACUAAAAACACCAAUUCUCACACGCCCAUCGUUGCCAUUACAGCAUACCUCAAGGAACUUCAAGCUCCUCACUACUUCGACUCUUUGAUUGAGAAGCCCAUCUCGAGCUCUAAGCUGACGGAAGUUCUUAAGAAUCUCUGCCAGUGGAAGCCAGAAUCACCUGGGAUGAACUAUUCCAUGUCUUUGUCUCUUCCUCAUCCGAUCCCAUCCGGCCUGCGACAAACAAGCUCACGAACUGACGAUAGCCCAACUUCAAGCUCCUCGAUGUUCGCAGGCCGUCCCGGCAGCAGCGUAAUAACGUCUAGCCGCGAAGACUCCAUCAGUUCUAGCCUGUUUGGGGACUCUGAGUCGGUAUCUACGGAUGAUGUGCCUGUAGUUGUCAGCAGGAAGGCAACUGGAGACUGGGAGGAAGGCGGGCUGGGCAUUAGAGAGGAUGAGAUGACGCAACUGAGCAACUCUCCGAAGUCUUUGCCGCAUCUCGUGACGCAACAGUCUGCGCCAGGUCAGCUGGAAAACACCCGAAUGGCGAUACCUCCGCAUUCUGUUGAGAAGCUGAAGGCCAGAAAGGAGCACAUGGAGAAGAGACACGCAGAGGGCACCGACUCGGCCGAUGACGAGGACGAGGAGCUUGGUCUGGGUCGCGAAAAACACUUUCGAGGAAAGCCGCUGCUACCUAGCUCCAAGCUGGGUAUCGAGAUGAUGCGGGCCGACAGCCACGACAGCGUUACGAUUGGCUCUGAAAGCACACCCGAGCCAAUCACCCAGGUCGUGACACCCUCGAAAGAAGUGGACAUGCCUUCCUUCGAAGCUUUACAAGACAACGCUACCCGCACGCCACCUGACAGUGGAGUUAGCUCCGAGGACAAGACCCUGGUGCCCGACGUCGACGAGACACCUAGGCCGACAAACCGAGAGGACGUAGCGGACGAGGAGCCCACACCUCGACCCUUGGAUAGGGCCGGGUUGUUGGGUACCAAGUAA